UCGAAUGAGAAUUGUGCAGUGAGCUUAUCGAGAACCUCAAAGAAAAAAGUAUUUCUUGUGAUUUUUUGUAACAAUUAGAAAACAUUCUCAGUGUUUUGAUGGGAAAAAUAACAUAAUCGUAUAUUAAAGAUGACAAUUUUACCCAAAAAGAAGUCUGGACAAUCGAAAAAUGAAGGGGAAGUUUCUGACCCUAUCUCUCAAUCUCAUACUCAUGCACAUUCGUAUCAUGGCGAUCGUCAUGGACAUCAGACUCAUUCUCAAGAAAAUAGAGAACGCUUUACAUUUCCCGGAAGAACUUCCCCUCCAAAGUGGCCUCCGCCGUCAACAAGAGAAGAUAAAAGGCCGACUCACUCUCCUAGUUCCAAUUUUGAUGAAUUUGAUAGUGUAGAUGGUGGACCAAGUCAUUCCAAACGACGUCAUCGAGCUUCUCCCCAUCGAACUACUAUUCCGAUUAGUAUUCGGAAGUCACAUUCUCAUGGUCAUAGUCAUACUCUUACAACAAUUAGUCUUCAUAGAUCCAGUGGAACUCAGAAUUUUUCUAAUCCUGGAACUUCGCAAACUAGUCAUAAUGCAUCUCAAGAAAGGCAGAAUAACCAAAUAGUGGUGCCAUUAUUGAAAGUUCCAGAAAACAAAGAUCACUCUGGCUACAACAGUGGUGAUGAAUAUGACAGACCAUUUGAAAUGUGGACAGAAGAAGAACUUGAAGAGAGAGAAAAAAAUUUUGAAAAGAAAAUGAGAAAGAAAGGAUUUAUCAUUAAGGAAAUGUGCGAAGAUGGGGCAUGUAUGUUUCGUGCUGUAGCUGACCAAGUAUAUGGUGAUCAAGAAAUGCAUUCAGUUGUCAGAAAACAAUGUAUGGAUUACAUGGCCAAAAAUGCUGAUUAUUAUUCACAAUACGUAACAGAAGAUUUUGAAAAGUACAUAGAGAGAAAACGUUGUGACCACAUCCAUGGAAAUCAUGUUGAAAUGCAGGCUCUGUCAGAAAUUUUUAACAGACCAAUUGAAGUUUACCACUAUAGCAAUGAACCAAUAAAUACCUUCCAUGGCAUACAUAAAACAGAUAAUGAACCCAUCAGGUUAAGCUACCAUAAAAAUAUCCAUUACAAUUCUAUCUCAGACCCAUACAAACCAACUGUUGGAGUUGGACUAGGACUCCCAUCCUUUAAACCAGGGACAGCAGAAAAAAGCCUUAUUACAGAUGCAAUAAGAGCUUCGGAAGGUCUGCAGUUGGAACAGGCUAUGCUAGAAGACAAACUACGAGCUACUGAUUGGGAGGCCACAAAUGAAGCCAUAGAAGAACAAAUUGCUAGAGAAAGUUACCUAGAGUGGUUACGAGAAAAUGAACAAAGGACAAGAAAAAAGACUCCUUCUGCAACAGAAACAUCAAGUUCUAGUCUCUCAGUAGUUGAUGGAGCUGCAGGUGGAGGCAUGUCACCUUUAACAGCUGGUAGAACACCUUGUAUCCGUGGGAACAGCUCCACCUCAAACAGUCCUAGAAUAGAUAACCAUGGGGAAGACAAUGGCUGUAGACCACCAGAAAAGGGAAGUCCAAAAGCUGGAAGCUCUGGUAUGACUGGAGGACACGUGGAAUUAGAAGAUAGUGCUUGUUCAUCAAAAUGUUCUGCUACAAAUAGCCAAGAGGGUUUUUCUCUCAUAGAAACAGCAUCUUUCAUGAAUAGGCUUCCUCCUUCAGUAUUUGGUUUGACAGAGUUGGAAGACACAGACAUUCUUGCAAAAGUUUUAGCUCAGUCUCAACAAGAGUAUCUUGAUUCGUUGAAACGAUCAACACCAAGUACCAGAGUUGGUGACCAGUCAUCUAGCUAACAGAAUGUUAUGACAACAUAGAUGUCAAGACUCCUGGACCUGUUAACAGUUGCAUCAGUAGCAUGCUGUUAAGUAUUCUGCAUUAUCCUUUUUCUUUAAAGUUAAAUUGUAGGAUAGAGGAGAAAUUUAUAUUUUAAUUUGCUGAUCUAAUUUAAGAUAUUAAUUACUUAUUGUUUCUUUAAAUUGUACACAAGCAUUGGGUGAAAGAUAAAAUUAUGGUUUCAAAGUAUCAGUGCAUAAACUUGUAUAAAAGUAGGAAUGACUUUUGUAACAACUGUCAGUAAGAUAGACAGAUCUUAAAAAAUUAUAUAGUUGUCAAAAGCACAUAAUGCAGAAAAAUGUAGAAAAAGAAAAAUCUUUUAGUUAUACAUUUGUACGUGUGCUUAAUGAUUGUGUUUUAUUUGACCGACAGCUUUACAUUAUGUAAAGGCCAAACCAAAUGUUAAAAUGAACUAUCAAUUAAGUUUGAAAAUGCACAGAAAGAAGGGAAAUUUAUCUCGUAACAGAACUUCAUAGACAGGAGAGACUUUCAGUUAAGUUUCAUUUUGUUCUUUUUCACACCUUUUGAUUGCUAUUACUCUGUUUUAUGUGAGUUUAUUCUUGAAUACAGUUCAUGCAUGACAGUAAAGAAUAAGUUAAUGCUGUUUUCUUAUAUAACUUUUUAAAUGUUCAUUGUGUACAUCUUAUUUCCUGGUUUUGUAAUUAGCUAUAUGGAGGUAUGGUUAAUCAUAUGUUAUGAAACAGUUUUUAAGCUUGAAGUAGAAAAAUUUCAUAUUUUGAAAUAAGAAAAACUUUAAUGUAGAUGAAAUUUGACAGAAGGCAUGCCUAGAGUGAACUCGUAUCAAAACUGUUUAGCACACAACUUAUCUGGAAUGUCACCUUAGAUAUAUUUGGAAUGAGAACAGUCAUAACAUUUGUGAUUUAAAUUAUUUUUUUUCUACAGAUACUUUAGUGAUGUUUUACUUAUGUUUAAACAUGAAACCAAUUACUAUUUAUUUUCUCAAAAAUGAAAUCCACAAUGCAUAAUAAAAGUAGGUUUCUGUAUUUUUUCACUAAAGAUGCUGUUUUUGAAUAAAAAUUUACACAAAAAUAUUGAGCAUUUAUACUGAUGUUUUUAAAAACUUGUGUUCUUAAAAUGCGUUAUGCCCAUUAAAAAGAAAGACAAAUCUGUAUUUUUUGUUUUAAUUUUUAUUUCAGGUUUUUCUGAGAAAAAGUUGUCAAUUUAUAAGGUAAAUUGUGAUCAUUGUGAACUUUGCAAAGUGAAAAAAAGGUUUUAAUGGGUAAUUUUACAUGUAUUUCUCAGACUAUUCUCAUCAACUGCAGUUAAUGAUAAAAAUAGAAAUGUAUUUGUUUUACUUUCUGGGAAAACUUGUAUAUAUUAAUAGUAUGCUAUCAGAUUCUUUUUGGAAUUGGAGACAAUUAUACGUUCAGUUACCACUGUAAAAUUUGUUUUCAUAAAAUUCAUUUAGUAUUGUUAUAAAAGUGGAAUUAAUUGGUAGGAUGAUUCUCCAUUUUAGUAUUCCAGGAGCCAAGUGCAUUUAUUUGUGUAACUGGAUCCAUGAGGGCUUCUAACUGUUUCUAAUAUAGAAAAAAAGUGUAUGGAAUCCAGACUGUAUAACACUUUUCAGUUGGUAAAAAUGCCCCUUUGUUUGCUGUUGGUAAAUAAUUACUGUAUUUUCUUUAUUUGUUCAUUUUAGUAUUUUGGCUUUUAUCAGCUAGUUGUAAAAUUGUUAUAUGUUAGACAAUUCUACAUAUAUCAAAAGGCUCAAAACUGAACUUACAGUGGUAUAUUUAUUCAUUUGAUUAAGAAACAGUCGGUAUCUUAACAGAAAGUAUAGAUUGAAAUACAUCAAAGAAAAUUUCAAUAAUAUAAUCUCAAAAUCUUGCAACUAUUAAUCAACAGUUAUGUAUAAAAUAAUGUGUGUUACAAGUUUAAAGAAUAACCAUGAAAGCUUUGUCAAAAAAAAGGCUUGCUAAUUAAUUCUUCCAAAAUCCAAAACAUUCUGCUUUAACCCUUUUCACAUGGGUCACAGGUCAAAGGCAUGUGAAAUUUGAAAAUGUUCUGAUGCACAAAAGUAUUUUUAAUCUGAAAAUGAAAAUUACUUUGCAUGUUGGAUAUGCUUUCUUUUUUUACUGAAUAUUAAUAAUCCAUUCAAUUUCAACAUUUUCCACAGAUCAAGAUGAUUUUUUCUGGUUUUAUGCAACAGUAUACCUAUUAGCAAAACUAUUAAAAAGCUUAGUCAAAGCAUGUGUUUAUUUUAAGGGGGCAGUUAAGCUUGUGAGAAAGCUUAGUUGAAGCAUUUGUUUAUUUUCAAGUGCUUCACAAAAGAUAUGUCAGAUUCACUUGAGUUAUCAGUUUUUUUCAUGUAUGUUCUUAUUUUUAUCAUGUUCUUUUGCUUUGUCAGUUACACAUUCAUAUUGACAAGGUUUAUAGCCAUUUACUUUCUUUAACUCUCAACAUGGGCUCAGUCAAUCUGACCGACCACAUGACCUCUUUGUACUCGUUUAAA